AUGGCAUCAAAAGCUUCAGCAGGAGUUACAAAGUGGCAGGAUAUAGCAAGCGAGGUCCAAAAGCAUCGAGAUGCUACAAUCGCCAAAGUUGAGCCUGCCAUUGUCGAAAUUACUGAAAAACUACCUCGUCGAGUAAUUUCACUUCCCCGAAAGUACUUGAGCCCAGAAGAGAUUACGAUAACUGAAGACUCAGUCGAGGAACUAUUGGCUUCUCUUGCUACUGGAAGGCUUAGUUCCUUGGCUGUCACGAAAGCCUUUCUUCGACGUGCUGCGAUUGCUCAGAAAUUGGUAAACUGCGUCUAUGAACUCCUCCCUGAGCGAGCAAUUACACGGGCAAAAGAACUUGAUGAGCACUUUGCUAAGAAUGGCCCAAUCGGACCACUUCAUGGUCUUCCAAUAAGUGUGAAGGCACACAUUGGUAUGAAAGAUUUGGAUAACACUUGUGGAAUGGUUGGUUGGGUUGGCCGCAAGAGUAACGAUGAUGCGAAUAUCUUGAAGAUUCUUUUGGCUGCUGGUGCAGUACUAUACGUGCGAACCAAUGAGCCGCAAGCUCUGAUGAUGUUGGAAACUGAAAAUAAUAUAAUUGGUCGUACUACUAAUCCUCACAAUACAGCACUGUCGCCAGGUGGAUCGUCAGGCGGUGAAUCCGCCCUCUUAGCUCUUAACGGGAGUUUGCUUGGAAUUGGAUCGGACAUUGGUGGCAGCAUCAGAUCUCCUUCAGUUCAAUGUGGACUUUAUGGCUUACGUCCAACGAACUUUCGUCUUCCAUUUGUAGGACUUGCAUCUCUCAGUAUGGGAUCCGAUACCAUCGCUGGUACCGUUGGUCCUAUGUGUCGAUCACUUGAAGGUAUCGAUCUUUUCAUGAAAGUCGCUUUAGACUCGAAACCUUGGAUCAGUGAUCUCAGUUUACAUCAAAAGCCAUGGACAACGGGACAAACAUCCACAAAUAAACUUACCAUUGGAGUUAUGUGGGAUGAUGGUAUUGUAAAACCUUCACCACCGCUGACUAGAGCAUUGAAUGAAGUGGUCGAAAAAUUGAGAAAAGUUCCCGGAGUUGAGAUCAUUGAAUGGAAACCUUACCAGCAUGAUAAGGCACUAAGAAUUCUGACCAAACUCUAUGCGCCUGAUGGUGGAAAAGUCUUCACAGAUACAUUGGCUCUUUCUGGAGAGCCAGGUAUCCCUCUGGUCAACGACAAUUUAAAAGACUCUCCAGGGAUUCAGAAUCUAACUCAUCAAGAAUUAUGGGACUGGAGCAUGCAACGGAAUACAUUUCAAUACUUGUACUUACAGGAAUGGAAUACCGUAGCACCAGAAAUGGAUCUCAUUCUUUGCCCAGCGGGUCCGCAUCCAGCUCCUCCUCACGGUACAUCAAAACAUAUAGGCUACACAGCUAUAUGGAACCUACUCGAUUAUCCAGCUAUUGUAUUUCCUGUCACAAAGGUCAAUCCCGACAUUGACGUUAAGGAUGGAAACUAUAAGCCAAGAAAUGAUUUGGAUAAAUGGUAUCAUGAUCAUUAUAAUGCUGAAGAGCAGAUUGAUGCACCUGUUGGUCUCCAACUCGUAGCUAAGAAGUUGGAAGAUGAAAAAGUAGUGGACGUGAUGAGAUUUAUUAAAGAGAAGAUUGGAGUUCCGUUUGUAGACUGUUUUCAGGAUUGA